AUGAUUACUCAAACGCCGGUAGACCAAUCGGAAUUCGGGCGCAACGUGUAUGUUGCAAGCCUCCCCAUUGAAUUUGACGAUGAGCAACUAUUUAACCUAUUUGCACCGUACGGCCCCAUUACUUCAGCACGAAUUAUGCGAGCGAAGGGAACGCGGCAGUCCAAGGGAUACGGAUUUGUUCUGUACAGAAAUCCGCGUUCGGCGGAGCUGGCGAUUUCAAACCUUGUUGGCCAUGUGAUAGGUGGCAACAGAAUCCAGGUGCGUCUGGCGCACCCCGAUGCCUCCUUCGCGUACAGUGGUCAGCGGGGUGCCCGCAGCAGCAGUAACUCCACACCAGGCAGUCGCCCGUUGCAGGGGACGCCACCAACAACACCGCCUCAGCA